AUUCGAAGGGUGUCCGGGUACCAAAAAAAUCAUAUUUUUGUUGAGGCUCAGCGUAGCGGGGAGUAGUAACCUAUUGCUGACUGGCGGGGUAGUUGCUUUGCAGGGGGUUUUGCCGCUAGUGCUUAUGGCUAUUUUAGACUUUAAAAACCAGCAGUGAGUCAGUAUUUGUUACAGAAUGGUAUUAAGGAAAAGGCUAAAAUGGGACCUUUGUUGUGGGAGUAUUAGUGCUGCCGGUGCCUUGUAGCUGUAGUGAAAGUUAGCUUAUGAGUAGCGUAACGUUAGCUGAGUAGCUAAUGCUAGGCCUUACGUUUCCUUUGAUUUGUUAGGUCGGUUUUGUUUUGUUUCUUCCUUUUUAAAGCAGGGUUUUGUAGCUCUAUUGUUUGCUGGCGGUUGCUGCUUUCCUCUCCCCUUUGCUUUCUGUGUCAAUAAGGUACUGAAAUGAAGAGAGUGAACAGCUUUCAGAGGUUUAUGAACAGGCGGGCUUCUGCUAACUGCCGCUACCAACCCACCUGCUAUGAGCAUGCUGCAAAUUUCUAUACUCAUGCACUCCUCAUUCUGCCGGCCGUUGUGGGCAUGGCGUUGCUGCACCGUCUGUCAGACACCCGCUGGGAAAGGUUCACAGCCUGGGUGUACGGUAUGGGCCUGUGUGGCCUCUUUCUGGUCUCCACUGUGUUUCAUAUCAUCACUUGGAAGAAGAGCCACAUGAGGUCUAUGGAACACUGUUUUCACAUGUGUGACAGAGUGGUCAUUUAUUUCUUCAUUGCUGCCUCCUACACACCUUGGUUGAACCUGCGUGAACUGAGCCCUCUAGCAGCACAUAUGCGCUGGUUUGUGUGGCUCAUGGCUGCUGCUGGAACCAUCUAUGUCUUCAGCUAUCAUGAAAAGUAUAAACUUGUUGAGUUGGCCUUCUAUUUGACGAUGGGAUUUUUCCCUGCAUCGGCGGUGACAUCAAUGAGCAACACUGACGGGGUUCAUGAGCUGGCCUGGGGAGGACUCAUCUACUGCCUCGGUGUGCUCUUCUUCAAGAGUGACGGCGUCAUCCCCUUUGCCCACGCCAUCUGGCACGUUUUUGUGGCGCUUGCUGCAGCCGUGCACUACUACGCUAUCUGGAAAUACCUCUACACGGCUCCAGGCGUCGACAGCUUGCUCAAUUCAUGACCACGCUUCCCCACCUUCCCCUUGUGCUCCUGAGCAGAGGAGCCUGCACACUGAUUGUGUUACUUACAGUUUACAGAAAGUAUUGACCAUGAAUUCUUUGCUAACGUGGAUGGCAGGUUUUUGAGCGCCUCACUGAUAAACAAAAGCUUUUUUCAGAGCUGCUUUGUACAAUGUCAAUCUGAAAAAAAGUAACUUGAUAUUGGGGGAAGGAAUUUUGACCUUUUAGUAUUAACUUCUGCACAUUCAUUCAUGAGGGUUUGAGAAACUUGAUAGCAGACUUUUGUUUCACAUGAAGAGCAUCACGUUCCAUGUUUGGGGACAUACGAGUGUCAAAACCUGGAGAUUCAUCCAUUUCAGCUGGCAGUUUGUACACUGGGGUUACAAGGUGCUAAAACCCACUCUUGUCAGUAUCAGGGCUGGAUAUCAAUAGUAGUAUUGACAUGAUACUUGAGUUUCAGUACUAAUACCAAAUAAUACUUUUUUUUGAUACUGUUGAGAAAUUAACAUUUGAAGCCAAAGGUCUCAUAUGUUUUCUUAACUCUAGCAGUAGUGCAGGAACUUUGCCAGAGUGAAAUAGUUUGAAAUUGGCAAAUUCUGAUUUAAAUCAGUAACCCAUCAAUCAAAGAAUAAGGAGAGUAUCUUGCGUGACAUUUGAUGCCAACUUUUGAUACUCUACCAUAAAGUGUUGUGUUUCGAUGCCCAGCCCUAAUCAGUACAGAUUUGAAGUCGGAGCUUGGUAAGUUGGUCAGUAAGAGAAGGAAGCUUUAAAGCAGCUGAUUGUGGAAGUAUGUUCAUUUUGUUAUCCCUCUUUUACAACAUUUCAGGGAGUGUGGAGGUGAUGCAGAAGAGGUGGGACUGUGUUAAUGAACCAGAUGAUCAGAGAGCUAGUUCAGGCAAUAUGACAAGCCAGUUAUUCCACUGUAUUUGUAAUGUGAACUGUACAGCAGCGUGUGUAUGCGCAACCUUUGUACUGUAGUCCAGUAUUGCAUUUCCACUAAUUCUCUGUCUUUAAUUUGCACCAUUAAGAUGAACAUCGUUUCCUGUCUGUAUUCGGAAAUGGGUCUGACCGAUGCAAGAAUGUUUUUGUCACAUGCUGUUUUGUAAAUUUCCUCCCGAGCUUCCGACUCCAAAAAUGACCGUUCUGUUGCUUUCCUCUUAGUGCUGUAUGGAGCAGAUUGAUUGCAUAUUUUGAAUUAUGGCUGCUGCUGAAACGAGUUCUUUAACCACUGUUUUGUAAUGUCUGUUCUGUUGAUUACAUGACCUUGGCCUUUGCAGGGGGAAAACUGCUACUUGUCUGUUCCAUUGACGGUUAAUGGUGCUGCAUAAACAUGAAUGCUCCUCCACUAUAUUUAUCACCUUUCUAAUGUGACAAUAAAAAAUGAUAAUGCCCUACAUCUGCGCCUCCAGAC